AUGGACACCCAGAAGUUGACAAAGAGGAGCGUGCGGGUGCCCUGCGGGCACAGCGCGAUGGGAAGAAAGCGUGGCGUUCCGCCGCCGCCACCGCCACGCCCCCCGCUUCGUCCCCGGCGCCGCCCCGCGCCCUGCCCAAGGCCUGAACAAUGGGCAUGGAAGCCAGCCGCGCAGCAAAGCCCCCCUGUGGAUGCAGGGUAG